GCCUGGCUGAUAUGAUCUGAAUGCCCUCCAAGAUCAUUGCAGCGCAUUCUCAAUUCAUUCGAGUGUCUCCGUACGCUUAGCAUGACACAGCAUUCCUGCUCUUGGGUAAGGCCCCUCUGUUCUUUACUGGCGUAUAAAGGGAUCACAUUUUUUGCUCGCUUUCCUCAUCAACUUUUGACCAACCUCGUCUCAACACAUCAUGUACUCGAAACUCAUUACUAUCGCACUCGUCUUCGCUGCCACCUUUGCACCCACGGGGGCAGUCACUAUCCCUAGGGACAACGAUAAGCAUAUUGUCGCUCGGUGGGAAGUUCCCCCUGCCAACCCCAAUCAAGUUUCGUGCAACGGCUAUCAGCCUUGGCAGCACGAUCUCGCAUACAAAGGUGGCUCCUCAGUGAUUCAUAACAGCCAACUAUGGACCGCUAAAUACUGGAAUUACAACAACGGCCCCGGCACUCCUGCCGACCAGUGGUAUCAGCAGGGGUGUUGCCUCGAACCAAUCUAUAAUAAAGCCUAUUGCGAGUACACUUCUCCUUGGAGCAAGACCACUGGUUACAGUAAGGGCUCUCAGGUGACUGACGAUAAACAUCUCUGGAUGUCUGUGCAGUGGACGCAGAGUAACAAGCCAGGAGACACUUCCGGUACUUGGAGAGAUUUGGGUGUUUGCCAGUAAUAGUCACAUUGAUGUUAGAGUACCAACUUAUACCAUCUCCUGCACGGUACCACUAUCUCCAGAGAGGCUCCCGGACUUCGAAAGACAAACAUUGUACAAGAUUUUCGCUUGUCCGCUCUUUGCACUAGCCUUCGAUAACCAUGGUUUUGUCACUACGUCGUCUCACUAACUACCGGCUUUGUUAUGAAAAUACUUUCUCGAUCUUCA